UUCCACUCAGCCGUGAUCGAGUAAGGUGAAUUGGAGAGUCGGAGAGUCUGUGGUGUGUCUUAAAAAUGGCUUCAGUCUCACCUCGGUUAUUUUUCAUAGUAUCGAAUUAAAAGAGAGAGAGAUCAAUCUAGUUAUUAAUGUUAAAACAAAUGCUAAAAUGGUGUUAGGGUGUGUUAUUGUCCUACCGGACAUUUUGUGCCGUAUUUUUAUCGACGGAGCUCGGCCGAUACUCCAAAUACCUUGUGCGAAAGUCACCUCCUGCUUAACUCUAGUGCUACUUAUUUGUUUUGAAACAGUUCUUUUAUCCACUGUUAGUGACUGUACGAAAUCAUUUUACGUCCAUUGGAAUACAACGAAUCCGAUUUUUAGGAUAGAUAACACAGAUCAUAUUAUCGACGUGAACAAAGGGAAUAUACCGUUCGAAUAUGAUCAGGUGAAUAUUAUUUGCCCUACUUACACCCCUGGCACUCACGAAGAAGAUGCUGAAAAAUAUAUUAUUUACAAUGUCUCCAAAGAGGAGUACGUUUCUUGCCGAAUUACCAAUCCAAAUCCUCGGAUAAUAGCAAUUUGUGAUAAACCACAUAAAUUAAUGUAUUUUACUAUUACUUUUCGUUCAUUUACUCCUCAGCCUGGUGGACUUGAAUUUCAGCCUGGGCAGGACUAUUAUUUUAUAUCAACAUCUUCUAAAGAAGAUUUACAUCGACGUAUUGGAGGACGAUGUUUAUCCAACAAUAUGAGAGUCAUUUUCAAAGUUUGUUGUCGGCCAGAGGAUACUCAAAGUAGCCAUAAUAGUUCUGUUAGAGAAAGUAGCACAUCAACGACAAGUAUUGGUACAUCGGGAUUGGUUACAAGGAAUCCCUCAUACACAGCACAAACUACUUUGUCACCUGCCAUAUACACGCGUCCGACUCCGACAUUCACAAGAACAACUACUAAAAAAACAAAGGUUUAUGAGAAACAUCCAAAUGAGGUUGUGAAGAAUGAAGAACUAACAUACAGUUCAGGACGUCAAAUGACCGUAGAUAUUCUUCUGUUGCUAUAUUCCUCUAUGAUUCUCGGUCUUCUAGUCGGCCUGUAGGGCGCUAAAAAUAAAAAAUAAAAUAAAAGAAUAACCUGUACAUAAUGUACAUUCUGAAUUUGUAUAAUAUAGUUUUGUGUGAAAUGGUUCGAAUGUUGUCAUGAAAGAUGUGCUAAGUGUAUUUAAAGUACCAAUACAUUCUUCAUAUUGCUGUAUUUUAUAAGCUGUACAUUGUGAGACACUUUUUCACUUAAAUCAUUAAUGAAAACAAAUCAAAUAAAGAUUGAUUAUUGCCAUUAUUAUUAUUAAUAUUAUCUUAUGGGCAUUUUUUUAUGAUUUUUAAUGUGAUUGAUUCAUCUGAAAAAUGACAUCAAGUUUACAGAAAUUAAUCAUUUCCACGUUUAUUUCUUAUAUAUUACAUCUUAUUUUUUAUUAAAUGCCCACAGGAGAGUUUUAUGAUUAAAAAGAAUCAUUGUUUAAAAAACGUUUUUAUGUACUUACAUGAAAAGUAUAUAAUUUAACAACUGCCAUUGAUACCUUCUGUUUUGAGUAAAUGUCAAUAAUGAUUUGUUUUAAAUGCUGGUAGCCAAACAGGUUUUUAAUGAGCUGCAUUUUUAUAUUUGAUUAGGGUAAAUUAAAUAAAUAUAUAUAUACUUAUUAAAAAAGUAUAAUAGAUAUAUAUACAUAUAUAUCUUGAGUUUUUUUACAAUCUUCAUGAUUUUCACAAAAAUCCAUUCAAACUGCACAAAUUAAUGUAAUACUUCCAUCUGAAUGUAAUUAUCAUUACUCUGUAAAAAAAAAGUAAUGUAGAUAGUAGAGGGUAUUGUAUUGUCUUAAUUGAGCAUAUUUUGUCUCCUGUAUGGAAUAAAAAAUGAAAUCGCCCAAAUCCUCUAUUAUAUACCAAUGAAAAUGUCUUACGAUUUGAAAAUUUUUAAUUUUAUCUGUUGAAUUUUUUCCUUGUUUUAACUAUAUUUAUACCCUAAUCAAAUAUUGCUAAUUUCUACUAUUUAAUUGUGAUAUUUUUUUUUCAUUUAGCAUUCGCCAUUAAUUACCCUUUGUUCUGAAAUAGUAAUAUUGGUUUAAUUGGAUGAAAAGUUUAGAAAUCCAUUUUGUAUUUAUUUCCUUUAGGUGUUCUUCUUUAUUAGAAAAUAAUUUUAUUUAACUAAAUGAUUUUACUGUGAUAUUUAGAUGUUAUCAAAAAAAUAAAGAAAAAAAGGAAAAAAAUUGCAACAACCCUAAUGAAUUAGUAAUUUUAUUAUUUUUUUAUAUUAUCCUGUAAAGGUCAUGACUUUAGUGAUAUGCAAAAAUUGAUAAAUAUAAAGUUAAUAAACAGCUCAUAUCGAAGGUUAAUAUGUGGAACAAUAGUAAUAAAAAUCUUUCAUUCGAUUAGCUUGCACACUAUGUGUUCCUUGUAAUAAUCGGCAAGAGCCUCAUUUAUAGGGCUGAGCAUUGUUAUUUUUUAAAACCUAGAUCAUAAUUACUAGAAAAUUUUUAAAAUUUAUCGAACAACUAUUUUCUUUAAUUAUGUUUUAUUUAACUACAAUCCUUAAUGUUCCCAAUUUCUUACUUUUUUUAUUGUAUUUAUUUUAUCAUUGUUUUUAUUUACUGCAUUUUAUAAAGUAAGGUGCCAUAAUAUUUUCGUAAACACAGUACAUUAAAACGUUAUUUCUCCCUGUUUUAUUAUUCCUUUCUUCUUUUUUUUUUUUUAACAAUUUCCCUUAUUGUACAUAAAUAUUAUAUCACAAAUUGGAGACACUUUGAAUGAAUUUGUAUCCAUAAUUUUGUAGAAACAUUUAUAUUUAUGUUUGUGAAUAUUUAAUUAUUAUUAACAAUAUAUGUGAAACACUUUGUAUAGGCCUACUUUGAUGACAUUAUUAAUGUAAUUCACAGGACUGGUUAUAGAUUAUUUUUAAAAUUACCCAAUAAAAUUGCAGUAAUAGGUACUGUUAUGAAUUACCUUAUUUUAUACACCGUCAUUUUCUGAUUAAACAGUAUUCUUUUAUCACCCUACUGUUAAUAUAUGUCCACUAGUUUGUCAGCAAAAUUGUAUGUACAUAGAAAUAAUUGAAAGUAGAUAUUAUGUAUCAGCAUAAAUGUCCAACAUGCUGAACACUUUGUGUAUAUUGUAUUAAAUAUUUUUCAUAUAUAUAAAUAUAUAUAUAAAUAUAUAUUGCAUAUUGACCUGAUGGUGAAACAUAAUGAUAGUGCAUAAAUAUGCAUAAAGUAUUUGCGUGGCUGCAAGCCCUGGACUUGUUCCCCCUGUAAGACUUGCACCAGCUCUAGAUGCUAUUUACCAUUUUGAAAUGCAUAAUUUAAAGAAUUUCAUACGUUAUUGAUACAUUUAUAUUUAUUUAUGUUUUUGUUGUUUUUUUAAUGAUUUUUUUUACACAAAUAAGUUGUACUUUAUAAUAAUAUUUUUUGAAUAGUAUUAAAAUAAACUAUAGGUUUUUAUUUAUAGGGUGGUAUUUUCAUAUCAGUAACAUAGAUUAGAUACAAUACAAAAUUUCAAUUUGUUGAAACAGCAUUUAGAAAUUUGUGUUUCGUUGAGAUUUUAGAGUUUUUUCCUCUGCCACCCUAUGAAAUAUUUGUGCAUAUAUCAUAGAAGACUAAACAUCAAGUAGACAUUUUGUGUAAUCUAUAUAAUUCGAUCAUCACAUUAGCCAAUAUAGUAUGCUAUAUUAUAAAAUGUUAAUUUUAUAACUGAUUUUUGUACAAAAUAAAUAACUGUACUGUACAUAA